UGACAGCGUUGGAGCCCCGGGGUCGGUCGGAGGCAGAAGUCACCGGGGGCAGCGGCGGCAGCAGCAGCAGGAGGAGGAGCAGAAGCCGGGGCUCCGGGCCGGACGCAGCCAUGGCCAGCGGCGGCAGCGGCGGCGGCGCACUCGGGCGACACCCGGGCCGGCCGCGGGGCUGAGCUUAGCCUGGGUUCCGGACUCCGGGAGAAGAAGAUUCUGGGAAGAGGGGCAGGCGAGCGCGCGGCGAGGAGGAGCUGCGCUCGGGACUCCGCCCUGGAAACAAGGCGUAACCCGAGGCCGCCGAAAACCCGAGAUGCAGACGGCGAGACAAGUUCGCUCCCAGGACCCUGGACAGCGGCGGGUGCUGGACCGGGCAGCCCGGCAGCGCCGGAUCAACCGACAGCUAGAAGCUUUAGAGAAUGACAACUUCCAGGAUGACCCCCACGCGGGCCUCCCCCAGCUGGGCAAGAGGCUGCCUCAGUUUGAUGACGAUGCAGACACAGGCAAGAAAAAGAAGAAAACUCGAGGUGACCAUUUCAAACUUCGCUUCCGGAAAAACUUCCAGGCUUUGCUGGAGGAGCAGAACCUGAGCACAUCUGAGGGCCCCAACUACUUGACGGCCUGUGCGGGUCCCCCGUCUCGACCCCAGCGCCCCUUCUGUGCCGUGUGUGGCUUCCCGUCCCCGUAUACCUGCGUAAGCUGUGGCGCCCGGUACUGCACGGUCCGCUGCCUGGGCACCCACCAGGAGACCAGGUGUCUGAAGUGGACGGUGUAAACCUGGCAUCAGGGAGAGGAAGUCCGUCCCCCCAACCCUUCCCCCAGCUCAUCCUCAAAGGCUAGAGAAAGGAACUGCCCAUUCACCCAGCAAAGCUGUGUCCUGCCAACCAAGGAAGGCCACAUGGACCCCAGGGACUGGGGUGGGGUUGGUCCAGCCCACAGAGUGCUGUGAUAAUAAAUGGCCCGGUGACAGGAACCUGCCUGCUUGUUGAGGUGUUUGGAGGCGAAGGUCAGGUUGGCUGUCUGUCCUGCGUACACUCUGUCCUCCCUCUUCCAGCCUCCCACUGUCUGCCUGCUGUGUCGUGGGAGGUUUAUGUCCCAACGCCAGCUACUCUCAAUUCAUCUCUGCCCUUAUUAGCUGGUGCUUUAGUUUGGUUUUAGAAAUAAAGUCUUAUUGUAGACAAGA